CAUUUCCAAAACGUCAUUCUUGUUCCAUUCACAAUCAAAUACUCCAUUCAAGCGUGCUGGUGGUUCACAUAAGAAAAUUUCAUCUUUCUGCAACACUUGCUGGGGAUAAUAAGGAUUAUGUCAUCAUGGAACAGAUAAAUUUCGAGAGGUGUAUUUCUGUUUCGAUAGGCUAUUGUUAAAUUUGUGGAACAAUGACGAAUUUACAUACUCUCUAGCGUGGAUUUGUGGGAGAACAACAUUAUGAGUUCUUCAUUUUAUAUCAUCAUCGUAUAAAGUUGCAUCCAUUUUUGGGGAUUGUACAGAUCCAGUUCGUCUUCAAUAUGUAUCGCACGAUCGCAGUCUCCCUAUUAAUAAUCACCACACUAUCCAGAGCUGAGGACUUCCUGAAGUGUUCUGCGGUCGGGAAAUCAAACGAGAAAUGCGUCAAAGACUUCUAUCCAGAUCAAGAAGCCCAAGAAAGCAACCUUCUGAGUGCCUAUGAGAACGAGCAACCCCACGAAGAAAUUCCAGCAGGACAACCACCACCACCAUUCCAUCCAGGACACACUGCCCCAUCCCUCCAAUAUUCUGAACAAAAUCAGUUCAUCCAAGGUCGGGAAUAUGAUUACGGUUAUUCAGUAAACGAUGAGACUACAGGAGAUCAGAAAUUCCACAGGGAAUCCAGGCAUGAUAAUGUUGUCCAUGGAACUUACUCCUUGAUCGAACCAGACGGUUCCAAAAGAACUGUUGUGUAUACUGCGGAUGAUGUGCAUGGCUUCAAUGCUGUCGUGUACAGAGAUGAAGUCAGUUCAGAGCACAAUUACAUAGGAAACAGUCAGUCAGUUCCAAUUAGUUCAGGCGAGGGCCAACAGUAUUCUAAUUCUUUAAAUGAGAACCUUAGUUAUGACACAAUCAGUCAUCACUAUGGACCAGGGAAUGAGCCACUUUCAAACGAUUUUGGAAAUGGAAACGGUCAAGAUUAUAGAUAUCAGAAUAAUGCACCCAAUUCACUAGAACCUACAAAUGUACAAGAUUCUGUAUACCAUCCAAAUUCGUUCCCAACAAUUUACGAUCAUAAUUCGAAUAUUACACCUCAAAAUAUUCCAAUAGUGGUUGAUUCCCAGCCACAAACGAAUUCUUACAGUCCAGAGCAGCUGAAUUCCGAACUGGAAAUAUUGAAUCAUUUGGGAGGAGUUCUAGGCGAACAGAAUUUUGUAAAUUCUUUGGUCAAGGAAAUCGACCAACUUCCUUCUCCUUCAAAAGGAUCUGUGGAUGUUAGCAACGAGAGGGAGAAUAGUAUAAAUGUCUUUCCACAAGUCGCUGAUGCUACAGUUAAUCCGAUAAGAAUGCAAUUACUUACAGAACUGGUUAAUAAGCAAAACGCUAUGUUUCUGGAUUCAACUAGAAAUAGUAACGAAGCUAAAGACGUAGUUGAUAUCAUUCCCAACUCAGGUUUGGUUGAAGUUAACUCAACUGUGACACCCUCUACCAUAACGACUGGUAAUUUUGAACCACGACAUAAUCCUGAACAUACAUCCAUAGCUGAUGUUCGUCCUACCCCCUACCCUCAUUUGAACUUUAACACACAUACCUCUACCCCUUCAGCGGAAAGCUACGACCUGAAGUCUUCAACAGUUGUUGAGAGACCUCAUGUCAGUGGACUCACAACCCCAGUUCCUAUUACUUCUAAUGUUUUUCCUGUAAGACUGAACAAUUUGAAUUUUGGUGAAUUCCCUUUGUUAGCACAUAUCUCACCCUCAUAUUCAAGGAGGUACGCUCGUCAUUAUGCCUGA